CGUACAGACGCAUUUCUAACGGGAUACCACACCGCCGACAGACAUCUACCAAAAUGGCAUCUGAAGCGCCCGAGACGGACAAAUUCAAGGUACACAAGCUGUCGCUCAAGGGCAGCGCCAAGCUUGUCGCCGAGUUUUUUCAGUACUCGAUCCACACGAUUCUCUUCCAACGAGGCGUCUACCCCGCAGAGGACUUCACGGCUGUCAAAAAGUAUGGCCUCAACAUGCUGGUCUCGUCCGACGAUCAGGUGCGCGCCUACAUUAAGAAGAUCAUGUCGCAGCUCGACAAGUGGAUGGUGGGCGGCAAAAUCUCCAAGCUGGUAAUCGUCAUCACCGACAAGGACACGGGCGAGCACGUCGAGCGGUGGCAGUUUGAUGUCCAAAUCCUCGCCAAACCCAAAUCCAAAUCCAAGUCUAAGUCCAAGACUACCACAAGCACAGCCGACCAGGAAAACUCAACCCCUUCCUCGACAGGCAAAGAAGAACAACCCGAAAAGGACAAAACCGAAGCCGAGAUCCAGUCCGAGAUAGCCGCGAUAUUCCGGCAGAUCACGGCUUCGGUGACCUUCCUCCCGCAGCUGCAAGGAGACUGCACCUUCAACGUGCUCGUCUAUGCCGACGCCUCGAGCGAGGUUCCCGUCGAGUGGGGCGACAGCGACGCCAAGGAAAUUGUCAACGGCGAGCGGGUGCAGUUGCGCGGGUUUAGCACGCAGAGCCAUCGCGUUGAUACCCUGGUUAGUUAUCGGUUGGUCGAUUGAGCUACCUUCGGUUGUUAUCGGGUCAUCGUUUGUGUAAUAAUGCUGGGUCUUGGUCGGUUGGAGUUAGGGAGUUGGAUGGGCAGGCUGGAUCAGGGAUGGGAUAUAGUAUGACGUGAUGCUGCCUGGGAUGAAUCUUCCCGGGUGCCGCAGAUGACACGUUCGGGCAUCUAUUUUUCUAUGGGCUUUCCAUACAACAUGAAAACGACCUCCUCUACAGUUGCCGCGUGCCCCCAUGACCAGCAAAUGCGAACACCAUGCCAU